AGAGAAAGGCAGAGAGAGAGAGAGAAAGAGAGGGAGGAGUGGGCUGUGCUCAGUCGCGGGCUGCUCAGCUGUGCGCGCUGAUGGAGGGAGGCUGAGCUGAAGGCUGGAGGAGAGAUGGAGUGAUGGAGGGAUAGAGAGAUAGACGGAUGAGGAGUAAACAGUGCCUCUCUUUUCUCCUUUAUUUCCACGUGUUUCUCUCCGAGCCGCUUCAUGACCAAAGACUCCCUAACUGAUUUCACCUGCUGAAGACCCUCAGCUCCUCUCAGCUCCUCUCUGACUUCAGAUGAUGGCUGAUUUCGGAGUAAGCUGUAUUUGAAGGAGGCACACCUAUUCCUAGAACCCCGUGUUGCAGUCAUCAUGGCAACAGGAGUAGCGGCAUGGCUCCCUUUUGCCCGGGCAGCUGCCAUCGGCUGGAUGCCAGUGGCAAACUGCCCCAUGCCCCCGGCCCCCAGGGAACACAGCAAGAAGCAGGACGAACUGAUCAUUCUGAACGUCAGCGGGCGUCGCUUUCAGACCUGGAGGACCACCCUGGACCGGUACCCGGACACGCUCCUGGGCAGCACCGAGAAAGAGUUCUUCUACAACGAGGAGACGAAGGAGUACUUCUUCGACCGCGACCCGGACGCCUUCCGCAGCGUCCUCAACUUCUACCGCACCGGAAAGCUGCACUACCCGAGGUACGAGUGCAUCUCUGCCUACGACGAGGAGCUGGCAUUCUUCGGCAUCAUCCCUGAGAUCAUUGGUGACUGCUGCUAUGAAGAGUACAAAGAUCGCAAGCGGGAAAAUGCUGAACGCCUCAUGGAUGACCAAGAGGAAAAUAAGGACAGCAGACUACCCAACAUGAACUUCCGGGAAACCAUGUGGAGGGCCUUCGAGAACCCGCACACUAGCACCAUGGCUCUGGUCUUCUACUACGUGACUGGCUUCUUCAUCGCAGUGUCCGUCAUCACCAACGUGGUCGAGACGGUGCCGUGUGGCUCCACGCCCAACCAGAAGGACGUGCCCUGCGGCGAACGCUACACUGUGGCCUUCUUCUGCAUGGACACGGCCUGUGUCAUGAUCUUCACUGUGGAGUACCUCCUGCGUCUGUUCGCGGCGCCCAGUCGCUACCGCUUCAUGCGGAGCGUGAUGAGCAUCAUUGACGUGGUCGCCAUCCUGCCCUACUACAUCGGCCUGGUCAUGACCAACAACGAGGACGUGAGCGGCGCCUUCGUCACCUUGCGCGUCUUCCGUGUCUUUCGCAUCUUCAAAUUCUCGCGCCACUCGCAGGGCCUUCGCAUCCUGGGAUACACACUGAAGAGCUGUGCCUCGGAACUGGGCUUCCUGCUCUUCUCCCUCACCAUGGCCAUCAUCAUCUUUGCUACGGUUAUGUUCUACGCUGAGAAGGGGUCGAGCUCCAGCAAGUUCACAAGCAUUCCCGCCUCCUUCUGGUACACCAUUGUUACAAUGACCACGCUGGGUUAUGGAGACAUGGUGCCUAAGACGAUCGCUGGGAAGAUUUUCGGCUCCAUCUGCUCCCUAAGCGGGGUGCUGGUAAUAGCCUUGCCUGUGCCUGUCAUCGUGUCCAACUUUAGCCGAAUUUAUCACCAGAACCAGAGAGCAGACAAGCGCCGUGCUCAGAAGGUACAGAAAGCACGACUGGCCCGGAUAAGAAUAGCCAAGAAGGGCAGCUCCAACGCCUACCUGCAGAGCAAACGCAACGGCCUCCUGAACGAGCUGCUGGAUCUGACGAGUUCAGAAGAGGAGGAGCAGCACAUGAAUAAAACCUCCUCGCUGUUGGAGAGCCAACACCACCACCUACUGCACUGCCUGGAGAAAACUACUGCUCAUGAGUUUGUGGACGAGCAGCUGUAUGAGCAGAACUGUGUAGAGGGAGCUCAGUUUUCCAGAAGCCCGUCUCUGUCCAGUCAGGACGGCUUCACCGGCACCUGCUGCACCCGCCGCUCUCGCAAGAGGAUCCCCCUGCCCAACGCCAGCCUGUCCACCACACACACCCACACCCACACACAGGGCCUGCAGGAGCUCAGCGCCAUCCACAUCCAGUGUGGAGACCAGCCCAGCCUCAGCACAAGCAGUCGCUCCAGUCUCAACAUAAAGUCCAGCGAGAGAAGCCGAAUAAACUGCAGAGGGCAGCAGAUCACCACGGCCGUCAUCAGCCUGCCGUCCCCCACCAACUUCCCACCAGACGGAGACGGCCACGGCCUGCCAAACCCCCUCUCCACCCCACCCACCAUCAACACCACCUCUAGCUCCAACAUCGUUAAAGUGUCGGCCCUGUGACGCCCCCAGUAGCCCCCCACCACCACCGGUAGGAAGGACUGUGGAAAGCCAGCAGAGCCGAGGAGAUGAACACGUCUGGUGGACACUGUGGAACUAAAACGUGGACAGUGAAGCUGCAGCUUCUGGCUGAUGUCCGUCUGGACCAGAGGAGAAACUGACUGGAUUUCAGCCUGUGCGUUUCUGCAGGUUUCCAGAUGUUCCUGUUCUUCUGACUUGCUAGAAGUCGGCUGGUAGUUGUUCCUGCAGAUGUUUGGGGACUGAAGGAAAGUGUAGAGUGUGUGAAGAUGAAGAGGCUGAAGAGGAUUAGUAAAAUGUGAAAUGUUUCGUUUCAGUUCGGUCAUUCGUCAUCGAUCGUCAUGAUAGGCACACAGUACAUAAUGGAAAUCAACGUGGUUUAAUAUUGUGUGAUAUUCACAAGUUCCAGUGGAAUCUGUCAGAAGUAUGAUAAUGUAAACAGUACAUUUGGGCGAGAUUAUGCUGUUUUUGAUCACACUAGAGACAAAUGUAACUUUGCAGAGAGAGGCCAGCCAUUCAGAUUAGACUAGAAUGGUGUUUGGAUUCUUACACUGCUGCUUCUGCUUUUCUUUAGCUACAGUAGAUAUACUGUACACAUGCCCUGUGUUUCAAUACUGUUCCUAACUGCAUAGUUUAGUUUAAGUGUGUAGGACCUGCAACACACAAGCUGGUACUACCAGAAAAUGGGGACAAUGCUACUGUCAGGUUCACACUACACAAAUUUUUUGAGUCAUCAGUUGUUGUGCUGUUCACACUACACGGCUGGUUGUGUUAAAAUCUUGAGUCCUUGACUGAUUAGCAACACAGGGUCACAAAAUAACCAAUUUCUCUCCAAAAACUGCUGCUCUCCAAAAACUUUUAACACUAGAACAUGCCAGAACUAGUGAUGCCAUGCCAGAGAAUCUCUAUAGAGGAGAAUACCCACUUAAAGUGAGUCAAAAAAUAAAUGGGUAAAAAGCAAUUGAGUAAAAUCAGAGUUUAUAAAUGUCUGAUCAGUCCACAUUGUGAGAAGCAAGAUCUACUCAUCUAAGUAAAGAAAUGAAGGUCAGUCAAUCCAAAGAAGCCACAGUCUUUGCAGCCACAAAGACCAGAUGUUAUGUUGAAAUGUGAGACCAAAUGUUAUGAUGAAACUGGCUCUCAUCAGGACCGCCCCAGGUAAGGAAGAGCAAGACUUACCUCAGUUGUACAGGAUAAGUUCAUCAAAGCUACCAACCUCCCCAAAUAAGAGCGGUAUUUUGGUUUGUUUAAAACUUUUAAGUUUCUAUGUGAUUCCUUAUGUGUUUCUUCAUAGUCUGGAUGACUCCAGUAUUUAUAUACAUUGGUACUGUAUAUUGCACAAAUUUAUUUAUAAAUACUACAUCAUUCUGCUUUCCAAAAUGAAAUGACCAGACUUCCUUUCAGAAAUGGUUACAAUCACGUGUAUGUAUAUGCUUUAGCCUUUUAACACCAUGAACCCGAUAUAAACCAUUAUGGAGCACCAACCAGCAAAAAGGCCUUUAAACACUUGCUGGCUGGUGCCCCCUAGUGGUUCUCAUUCAUGCUCAUGUUAUAAUGAGAGGAAUUUAAAGCGCUAUUGGAGAGCCACUAAACCCUAAACCAUUUUUUUUUCAUUAAUUGCUGAAAUGUGUUUCUUAAAAGUAAUGAAACAUACCAGUCCUGGAAAUUUUUUUUAUAAACAUUUCCUAACCUUUAUAAACGCUUUUUUUGUGGUAGUUUUCACCUGUAGAGUGCUCUCUCAGGUUAAACUGUGCUAAAGACGAGGAUGAUGUCUCUGUGUACUUUGGUACACAGACUCAUCACAUAACACAGAUCAGUCAAUCAAUAAUACUGCCCUCCUGCUGACAUCUAAUCAUCUGCGUCUCACCGCUAAGAGAGGCACACUGCUGCUGCUGGAGCUCAGCCAAUCAGCUCUCCCUCCUGCCCCACCUCUAAACCCAUACAUCACCCAGUGCCCCUCGCAAAAUACACCUACCAUUUUUAACCCAUUUGCAAAUUUGAGCUGAGGGUGGAGUCAGCAAAAACACAUUAAAUUACCUUAUUUAAAGUGUUAAAUAACAGCUUUCACAAAACAAAUGUAAAUUUAAAAGGCUACACUACACUAACGGUAAAAAAAAUUCAACACCCCCAUUUUUUCCCUUUUUACUAUUCACUUCAGGUCCAGUCAACAAAUAUGGUAAAAAAUAAUGUGUACAAAAUUUUACAGUAAACUUCCAGAGCUUUUAAGAAAAACAAAUGAACUAAAACUGAAAAAAGUUAAUUUAGUGUUGUAAAAAAACAUACGUACUGUUUCCUACACCUUCAAAAGACUCUUAGAAACUGGAGAAAACUGGUACAGGAAGAGUCACGUCUGGCUGACCCACAUGGCAACACUAUUAGCUCUUUAGCGUAACAUUGGACUAAAUCUCAGUUUCAGCAGUGAAGAGAAGAAUUAGAGGUCUGACAGGUGAAGUGAUAAACAGUAAUAAAGUAUCACAUAGUGAGUUUUUUUAUGUACCUGUCAUUAAACACACACCAGUUGAGCUAUUAAAGUAAAGGGCAAAUUAAAACAGUAUUGAAACGCAGGAAUGAUUUUGUGUUUUUCUGCUGAUUUCUCUUCAAUAAUUUUAAUCAUUUUAUUUGAAUGUCAUUCCUUGCUCCUGUCAGUGCUGUCCUCUCUCUUUCUUUCUCUGUUUUCCUCUGUAAAUCCUUUCUAAUCGCCUGAUUUCUGUAUAUCCCUACGAUUUAGAAUGUUCGUACCACACAAGCAAUAGACCUUGCAGUCAUUCAGUGGUCACAGAUUACGCAGUGCAUUCAGUAUUACCAGUAAUAAGGUAAACGGCCCAUUAGGAGCACAGAGAUGUUCAUAGCCCUGUCAAAUGUGAAUGUUUUCGUCUGUUCUUUGUGGCUGUUUAGGUGAGUAGCGAUGCUACAGGGGAACUGAGAGAUAGGCCUUGACUCUUUUGAACUGCUGUUUCCAGUUGAAGGCCAAACAUUGAUCGAUCAUUUAAAAAAAAAAUCAACAUUGUCAACAUUGAUUUACUAGCCUGAUGCUGUUUUUAAAGGCUAAACUGUGUGUUGGUAUUGUUUUUUCUUUUGCAUGCAGUGGCAUGCUUUUGGUGUCAUCAGCAGUCAAAGAGAUUCAGUGACAGUUUAAUUUGGAACAAUGCUUUAAAUCAAUCAUUGGGCUCAUUUAAAAAAAAGGUACUGUUUUAGAGCAUUUUCACACCCGCAGUGUUUGAUUCUGGUUCAUUUAUAUACUUGAUGCAGUUUGUUUCGAGAUCCAUGAGAGCAGGUUGUCUCCAGAGAGCAGGUUCCAAAUAAACUGCUGCGGUGGUGAGAACGCGAUCUGACCUCUAUCUGACCUGACUAUUAAAUACAGCUCUGAAAAAAAAAUAAGAGACCACUUAAAAAUGCAAUGCAAUGAGUUUCUUUGAUUUUACCAAAUUGAAAACCUCUAGAAUAUAAUCAAGAGGAAGAUGGAUGAUCACAAGCCAUCAAACCAAACUGAACUGCUUGAUUUUUUGCAACAGGAGUAAAGCAGCAUAAAGUUAUCCAAAAGCAGUGCGUAAGACUGGUGGAGGAGAACAUGCCAAAAUGCAUGAAAACUGUUUCUGAACUCUUAAAACUUUAUGAAUAUGAACUUUUUUUUUUUGCAUUAUUUGAGGUCUGAAAGCUCUGCAUCUUUUUUUCUUAUUUCAGCCAUUUCUCAUUUUCUGCAAAUAAAUGGCCUAAAAUAUAAUAUUUUUAUUUGGAAUUUGGGAGAUAUGCUGUUCGUAGUUUAUAGAAUAAAACAAUAAUGUUCAUUUUACUCAAACAUAUAUAGCAAAAAGAAACUGAUUCAGAAACUGAAGUGGCCUCUUAAUUUUUUUCCCAGAGCUAUAUAUUCCUCAUAUUUGAGCUAAACGGAUGUUCAGGUGCAGUUUGACCUGAUUCAUUAUCCAGAUAAUUACUACAACUAACUUCCAGCUCUGCUGCUGCACCUUGCUUUUUUCACACAUUAAACUCAUUAAAUCAGUGUGAUUUAAAAAAAAAUGCAGCAGCAAAUUUUCCUUGUUCAGUGUGAAAGCAGCCUCACAAUGCACAAAUAUACAGGCUGGUCUGAGACAUAAUGCAUAGGACCAUCUUCCUGUAUUUACUCUCUAGCUCUGCCCCAGACAGCUCUGAGCAAUCAGAAGAGACAACAUGCUCCCAUGGCUCGUUGCAUUUUGGUGCACUUAGGUUUUUUCCUGUGUGAAAACAAACCAAAUUGAGGGAAAAACGCUCCAAGUAAACAAAAGCAUUAACUGAUUUGGAUCAGAGAAACAAACUACAGGUGUGAAAACACUCUUAGAAUAACAGGCUCAAGUUUACAUUCAAGUUCUAAUGUCGAUUCUUUAAGAAAAAGGCACAAUGAAACGCAGCUUGAAGAAACGCAGAGAUGAUGAUCAAAACCAUGUGUUUGUGGAAAUGUUCUUUCAUUAGAUUCCGACUCAUCUGUCUCUCUUGUUUUUCAUUUCUUUGGGACUUGUUUUUUGAUGUCUUGUGUAUAUUCUGUAAGAUGUUGUUUCUAAUUUAUGACUUUGUCCUGUGAAAUUAUCUAAGAAGCGUCUGAUAAAAAGGGUCAAACUGCUACUCCAGUCCAA